UUAAACACUUUUCUCUCAGCUUCCCAAGAUGGCGGCAGCCUCGUCCAUCCAGCCGCCGAUCGUUCACUCUUCUCUCACCCGGGACAGCGCACUCUCCCCGGACAUGGACAGCCCCGAAAGCAGGCAGCCGGAGGAUGAGGAGGCGACGGCGGCCGCAGCGCAGCCCUCCGAGUCCUGCGUCUGCCUCCGCGACCUGCCGGACCUAGAGCCGGAGGAGAUCGAGAGGAGGCUGGCCAAAACUCGCAGGGAGCUGAGCAACAGGAGGAAAAUCCUCAUCAAAAACCUGCCGCCCGACACCUCCAACCAGGAAGUCCAUGAAAUUCUUAAAGAAUAUGAGCUAAAGUACUGCUUCGUGGACCGCAACAAAGGCACAGCCUUUGUGACUUUGCUGAACGGGGACCAGGCUCAGGAUGCCAUCCGCUCCCUCCACCACAGCACUGUCCGAGGACGCCUGAUCAACGUCACGCUGCAGCCCACAGAUUCCCUGCUCUGCCUCACCAACCUGCCCCACACCUUCACGGCGCAGCAGUUCGAGGAGUUGGUGCGCUUGUAUGGAAACAUAGAGCGCUCCUUCCUGGUUUACAGUGACCUAACGGGCCACUCCAAGGGCUAUGGGUUUGUCGAGUACAUGAAGAAGGACUCUGCUUCAAGGGCCCGCUCGGAGCUGUUGGGUCGCCCUCUGGGGGAUCGGUCGCUGAUGGUCCAGUGGAUGGAUGUCAACCAGCUGAGCCAGGAGGAGAACCUUCAUUCAAAGUGUUUGUGUGUCGACCGGCUGCCUCUUGACCUCUGCGACUCCGAGGAACUCGCUCAACUCUUCUCUGAAACAUAUAAACCAAUUUUCUGCCAGCUCGCUCAGGAUGAAGGGAGCCCGGUGAGAGGCUUUGGUGUGGUGGAGUAUGAGAGCGCAGAGCAGGCUGAAGCCGUGCUGACUGAGAUGGACCGAACUCUAGUGGGCGGGCAGGAGGUUCGUCUGUCGCUUUGCACCCCCGGCACCUCUGGGAGAAGUACCUUGGCUGCUCUCAUCGCCGCACAGGGAAUGAUUCUCAGUAACAGGAAAGGCUUACUACCAGAACCGAACCUGGCUCAGCUGUUGACAAGUAUGACCAAUCCAGCUGCCCUGCAGAUCCUUAUGAGGCCCUACCAGGGUGGGAAAAGAGGAGGAAAGUACGGGCGUAAUGCCGGCCUGCCCUUCCUCAGACCUCCUCUAACUGCGGCUCUGCUUACGCUGGGAAAAGCUCACCAGAACGCCAUGGUGGGUAACGGACUUGUCCUCCAGAACCUCCUGCACAUGCAGCUCGCACAGCAACAGCUUCUUCACAUCAAAGACAAGCGAAUCAGCAGUGUCACCAGUCUGCUUGGAGACCCUUCCAGGCUGCUGAUGCAGAAAGCUCUGUCUCUGAGGCCUCCAGGUCUCCUAUCACUGGGUAAAGGCAUCUUAGGUGACUCUCCUACAGAGCUGCUCCAGGAGCCUGUGCCAUCAACUACCCACAACUCUGCAGUAGUGGCUUCAGCAGCCGGGGUGAUGCCGUUUCUUCAGGGUCGAGGAGCAGGAACAGGAGGAGGAGACCAUAACAUCUCCCUGUCUGUGUCAACAGCCCCUUCUGCUUCCUCCUCUUCCUGUUCCACCUCCUGCGACAGACAGCCGGCUCCUCCUGGGACGUUGGGGAGCUCCCAGCCACAGGGACAGAGCUACUCUUUGGGUAUAAGUAACUCAGGCCUUGGCCCGCCUCCACCUAAACCCCCCGGAGGAGUGUAUGCAUCAUCCGGCCAGCACAACAGCUCAGAUGGUAACAGUCUGACUAACAUGGUAAACAGUGGACAGAAUUCUCUAUUAGGCGAUCCUCCUAAAGAAGUCAGACUGCCCUCUAAUCCAUACCUGAACUUGGCCAGUGUGAUGCCGGGAGUCGUUCUGCAAAACUCCGUGGCUAAUAAGCCUCAGGGAGGACAGCCAGGCGCCGGGGUGUAUGGGAACCCGGUCGCUCCCAUGGUCUCCCAGGGUUCGACCUCGUUCUCCCACAGCGUCGCAGCUACCACACCCGCCCCGUACAGCUCUGACGCCUCCUCUGACUUCACCCAGUACAACCAAGCGUACACACAGGAGGCCAUGCACCAAUGGUACCAGCACUACCAGGCAGCACAGGCCCACACCUACAGUACCGCUGCCCCACAGGACGGCGCAGCUGCAGACUACAGCAAGGAGCAUGCACAGGUUCCUGCUGCCUCCACCUAUGGGGAUUACACCACCUACAUGCAGGCUGUGACUCAGUACUACUCCCAGCCUCCAACAACAAACCAGGCCUUCACCAGCAAGGAAGUAGAGGUGUGUAAGCCUCUGGGAGUCCCUCUGCAUGCAGUCAGUAACGGUCCAGCACCUCCUGCGGCGGUUCUGCCUGCCGCCGCCGUGCUCCCAGCCUACAGCGCCCUUCCUUUAAUGCCUGGCUUUCUCGGAGCACCACAUCCCCCUCCGGCCGGUCCCAGCUCUGUCACGCACGCUCACACGGCGGCCACAGACUGGAACACGUACUACUAUAACCAGACCCGGGGGAUAAAGAGGGACUACCCUCAGCUUGCAGUGCAGGAGGCGCCGCCAUCGGAGAGUGCGUAUAUCGGGCAGCACUCCCAGGGCCUGGGAGGCCAGUACGCCGACUACUUUAAGAGGAAGAGGCUGUAGAGUACACCAAAUGACCUUAAAGCCCACAGCUCCAGGGGGAGACACAAACCAGCUGGAUGUCACAGCUCCCUCUAGUGGCCUUUUCUGUGGCUGCCAUUUUGCAUCCCUGCAGUAGGUGUGGAGUUAUGUCAGAUCAGGGCUGCAGAUGGCUGGAUUGAAAACAAGCCAUAGUGCUCUUUGAUUUCCAAACUUUAGUUCACUCUUUCACAGUAUUUGCUUUUGUCUUGUUCAAGCCUUAACUAUUUAUCUUAAAUGUUUGUUUCUAUGUCCCUGUUCCUAACUAAUAUUAUCCUGUACAGUUUUUCCAACAUAAUCCAAACUAAAGUAGAUUAUAUCUGUGUGUAGAAGCUGCUUUUUUUAUUUGCAGGCAGCUGACUUUUCCAGAUGCUGAAACUGCCCAAACAGUCGGUCCUCUCUGCGUCUUUUUUUUUUUUUUUUGUUAUAGAAAAACUCAGAUUUGAUCCGUUUGUUCUAGCUUCACUGCCUUUUAUUACCCAGGAUCCUCUCUAAACCUACCUAAGGGAUGUGUGCGUGUGUUUGCGUUUUGCUUUGCUGUUAUCAGUAGGAAGUGUCAGCCAUUUCUCUCCCAGGUGUUGGGAGCACAUCAGGAAAUAAAAGGGUCUAAACCAAUCAGAGCCCUUAAAGGAAAAGUCCGGUCAGAUUCAGAAUUCAAACUUCUGAAAGUACUUUAAAUAUAGAAUUAUCACAAACUGUUCAAUAAUUGAUAAGUGUUUCAAUUAAUAGUAAUUUUUAAUUUGAAUGUGAUUUAUUGGAGACAUUAUCCAUGUUUGUCAAAGAACGCUUCUGCCACCUACCAGUUUGUGACGUCAUAGUGCAGUAUCGGCUGUUGAACAAGUCCCAGGGCUGUAUCUGGUGUUUGUCACAAUGUGCUAUUAUCCAAUCAUAUUGAAAACAUUCUUCUUUGAAAGGUUGGCUACAUAUUAUUUUUCUCUGGCCAGAAGUUUGAUGGCAAACGCUCCCUCUUCAAGUUGGCAAUCCAACUCCAAACCCGUCCUUGGAGGAUCAUGAAUCUUAAAGGUUAAAUAACUCAUGUUUUUUUCACUUUUACUCGAUGUAUUACAACACCCAGCUGGCAUUGUCAGUUUAACUAUAGCUCUGGUGAAUUUCAAUGGUGAGGUUAUCUGGAAAUCUUCAAUAAUUGUUGUUGAUUGCAGAUGGGUCGAGUAGCUCCUAUUGAUUUUGCUUGUAAAGCGGGGAGAAUGGCACUAGGCUUACCGUACUGUGACGUCACUGUCGGAAGAUGUCAGGAGUGAGGUGUUGCUAUAUAUGGGUAAAAAUAGCUGGAUAUAGCAUAGCUGGACAAAAAUUGGUUUUAUUUUGUUACUGAUUAACGCUAAAUUCAUUAUACCAACACAAACGUAUUAGUUUUAGGUAUAGAUAAUGAUCUAAUGAUUAUUCCUUUCUGACCGGACUUUUCCUUUAAAUUUCGAUGAAUCAAAUGGAGUCCGUCAACAGUUGGACUUUUCGGUUAAAGCCGAGCGUAUGGAGGCAAUGACGAGAUAAACUGCUGUGUAAAUAUUGCAGUGUAGUAUAGAAUAUAUGAAGCCAUGCGUAACAGACAAUAACACAUAUAAUAAAGGGCGUUUUUAAGCUCAUUUUGGAGUGUGGUGUACAACAAUAAAGAAAAAAAGUUUUGUCAAUCUACAAUAUAUUAUUAUAUAUUUGUAAUAUAAUAAUCUAAGGCAGUUUGAGUAUUGUAUGAAUAAGAUGUCCUGAUGAGACUUUAAUGUUAUUUGGUUGGGUUUGUACUGUUAAAGCCAAAUAUUCAGGCACAAGUUGUCCUCUGCUGUUUUUUCUGCUGUUUUUUUUUCUAAACAUUUUGUUUAAUCUGUAACAGGAGCUUUAAUCCAUUAAUCCAGCCGCCAUUUUUCAUGAAGCGUUAAGUUUGUAUAGGAUGGAAUGAAGUUAGUCAAAGUCGGUUAUAACAACAUGGUAGAAGGUUAUUAAUAAUUUCAUUUCAUAAAACCAGCUCCAGAUGGAAACCUCCAGGUGAUUUAGAUGCUAUUAUUUGCAUUUAAUGGAGAUGUUUAUGUCUGAAUGGAAAUUCUCAGCCAUCUAUUAAGAUGUAAAACGGACUUACUAUCAGGAUCAAGUCAGGAACUGGAUGAUUCCACAACGUUAACCUUAUUUUAAGUCAGAAGAAUCACGUUGGGGAAAUUAACUAUUACUUUAAAACCUACAAGGGAAAUAAGUGGCUUUGAGCUCAACUGUGCAUAAACCUCUGCAAUAAAAUAAUAUCCCAAAAUACAAAGAAAAAAAAUGUAUUUACUUUUUUAUUUAGUUUAUAAUUUGUAUGAAUAAACUAUGUUAAGUAAAUUAAGUUUGGCAAACUUAAUUCAGUUACUUCUUACCGAUUGAAGCAAUUCAUUUCAGCUGAAGCUGCAUAAGUUACUACCUUACUAUUAUAAGAAUUUGCAAACAAUUUUUUGGCAUGCAUAAUAAAGACUUAUAGAUGAUGAUUUAUAAAGUGUUUACAGAUUAAUUAAUAACAGAUCUAUAUAAUACAUACAAGCCAUCUUUAAGGAAGGCCUUAUUGUAAAAAUGGUAGCAGAAGUGCUACUAACAGUCCAAAUAGGAAAGUUUACCUGCCUUAGAUUACUUUGCCCUCAUUGGGAAACACACUUAGGGGCUGAUUAGAAGCCUGAAGCAUUAAAUCUGUACAGAGCUUCACCCAUUGAACAGUUGAUGGUUUUGGCUUUAGAAGCAAAAGGAACCAGUUUUUAGGAGCUCUACCACUUCUGCUUCUAGGAGGGCUGCAAUAUCCAGACUUAGGACCUUGUUGAUGGAAAUGGGAGGUUUCUGGUUUCUUUGCAACUUGCUGAUACUGUAUGCAUCUAUUUAAGAGUUUAUGAAUCAAUUUAGUCCCGUGUGGAUUAGAUCAAAUCCAAAAUAAAUGAAGUUGUUUGAUAAGUUUUGGUUUUUACCAUAAAAAACAGAGAAUAACUCAAAGAAAUCCUUUAAAGUCUGCAAUUUUUCUAGGCCUCUUUCAGAGCAGGAUCCCAGUGACUUAUCCAGCUUGCCGUAGGUCAGCACCAACCAGAAGAAAUGUCUCACUGUCAAAGCAAUGAUGAUUGAAUGGGAAACGUGUCAGAACCGUGUUAUAAGAUUGUGUAAAACUUUCUUCUUAUUUGUUUGAGCAGUUUAACACAAGAGAAACUACCAGAUAAA